GCCUCCAUAUAGUCGAAACACUGUGCGACGUGUGGAAAACAGCGGGAGUGGUCCCACUGCAGGAAUUGGUAAUCCUGCCAACAAAGGAGAGUGUUAUCGGCCGAUAACUCUCCUUUCCCUUGCAGCGGAGACACUCCCGCAUUUCACGCGCUGACUGACCCCACCGAGGCAUCAGUAUGUCUUCCGUAAGGCGCACAGAACCGCAACAGCACUUUUUGCUAUAAACACUCGGAAGAGCCGCAACCUUGUUGGAAAGCGCCCCUGUAAGAGAACAAUCUGAGUAGAGUUCCUCUCUCCCACAGGGACUUAAACGGUAGUCAGCGACAUUCGUCAACAACAAAACAAAAAGUUUCACAGGGUGGUGUGUUUUUACCGCUUCUGUUUAAUUUGUAUAUUUCCAUUAUGUCAUAUGCUGAUCACUGCUCGAUAAUGGCGUCCGGAAUAGAAUUAUUGACCUCGAUAACGUUUUUCACCACUUGAAAGAAAGGCGAACCUAUUCCGACUGUGAACAACUCGAAAAUACUCGGAGUUACCUUCGGCAGUCUGCUCUCCUUCUCGGCGCACACGACCGAGUUUGGUAACAGAGUACAACAACAAGGUUCUCAAGUCGCUAGCCGGCAGCACCUGGGGCAAAGACGAACGACGUUGGCAACAUUAGAGGCAAUUGGCCGGUCGGUUCUAAACUUUGCAGCGCCGUGCGGCCGCCGGGGGUUUGCAGGACCCAGUGUACGAAGCUACAGACCUGCCAAACCACGGCACUCCAGACUGCCAUGGGAUGCCUUCCGAUGUCACCAGAGCCUGCAUGGUCAGAUCCCCGUCAUUGUCUCAACUUACACCGACUCCCGACCUGUGAAUGCUGUUGUAGGAACACAACCAGCCGACGUGGGGGAGAUAGAACUUCGCCUGCCUCGGAAGACUCGCACUACGCUUGUACAACUCCGUUCUGGAUACUGCAUCAGGUUAAAUUUCUACCUAAGCAAGAUAAACUGAGAUGUGCCCAACGUAUGUCCGGCGUGCAGAGAGUCACUCCAUGACUCGACACACCUCUUCUUAUGUCCACCAAAUCACACUUAACUACCCCCCUUCUCUCUCUGGUCCAACCCAGUCGGAGUGGCAUACUUCCUGGGCCUCCCUUUAGUUGAGCUUGAACACAACGACUAGGAGAAAAGCUGAUCUAGGCAGGGCGCAGUAAGCGCUAAAACAACAACAUGGCGAAUUGAAAAUAGCUAUUUCUCCUCUAUUAAGAUAAAAAAGUGCAACUGUCAAAUGCAAUUGUUUGCUUUCGUUUACUUGUCAUUCACAUUAGAAAACCGCUGGCAGUUUUCGGCGAUGUUGUCCAAGUUUGCUGGGGUGUAUUCCUAAAAUAAUUCCGAAUUAAUUCGUCAAUCUGUAUUAACGCUGCCAUCUUUCUAGGUGCGGCAAAACGGCGUAUGUAGAGCAGUGCUUGUUAGCCAAACAAUUAGUUUUUGUUAAUUGCUUUCAAGUUUAUAAGUUGAACCACCAAAAACCGUUUCCAAGCAUAGCCGUCGUAUUCAUGUUGUGUGUGUUUACCACAGGGAUAAAAGGAGGCACCCUGAAAUUUUUCGGCAGGAUGUCAUCAUCGGAAACUCUUGCUAAAGGACCACGCCCUCUAGUCAUAUGCGGCCCAUCUGGUUCCGGAAAGACCACAUUGCUGAAGAAACUCUUCGAAGAUUUUCCCCACACAUUCGGCUUUAGUAUAUCGCAUACUACACGCGCGCCACGUGCAGGCGAAGGCCACGGUGUACACUAUUAUUUUGUUGACAAUAAAAAAAUGCAGGAGAAAAUAGAUAACGAUGAGUUUAUUGAAACUGCUGUUUUUAGUGGAAAUACAUAUGGCACUACUAAAGCGGCAGUUCUAGACAUACAGAGAUCCGGUAAAGUCUGCGUUCUGGAUAUUGAGCCGCAAGGUGUUGAACAAAUAAAAAAAACUGAUUUGAAUCCUAUAUUAAUCUUUAAUAAUCCACCAUCACUAAAAGAUCUGGAUCUGCGCUUGCGUAAACGUCAAACGGAAACUGAAGAGUCCUUGCAAAAACGACUAACGGCAGCUGAAAAGGAAAUGGCAUACGGCUUAACUCCUGGGAAUUUCCACAGGAUCAUACAUAAUAUCGACAUUGACGAGUCAUAUGCAGAGUUGAAAGAAUUUGUUGUAAACGAGUUGAAGAAACAAGAGGCCGAAGGCAUUGCAAUACGCUGGGAAUAAGCCUAGGGGAAAAUCCAAUUUGAAGUUGUGUUAAAUGUACACAUAAUCUAUGUAAAAAGGCAUUUGCUUUUAAAAGUAGUAAUGUUAUGAAAGAAUUAUAUAAAAACUAACUUAAUGGUAAAGUUAAAAUUUUUGACGACGUUAUGUUUAACGAAAGUAGUAGUUGAUUGAUUAUUUUAUGUUAAAAAUAUAUUUAAAUUGUAUAAUUACAA